AUGCAAAAAUUGGAUGAGGGCAUAGGAAGGUUAACUGUUGAAUACAUGGAAGGUGUUGCAACAUUUCUAAAGUAUGUGAAACAAAAUUUAAAUGGGAAUGACUGGUACAACUAUCCUUGUGCCAAGUGUUGUAAUAUACGUGGGAAGAUGACAUUAGAAACCAUUUCCGAACACUUGGUUUGUAAUGGCAUAGAUCAAACGUACAAGAUAUGGUUUCUCCAUGGGGAACAACAUCUCGAAAUAGGUGCGAGUACAUCUGUCGAUAAUCGUAACGAAGAUGUGUUGCCCAAAAUGGUCGAUUUGGUGAAUGAUGCUUUCGGUCAUUUUCAACUCGAUGAGUUAGAUGCAUGUAUGGAUGAGGUUAAUAAUGAAGAUGAUAUUGAACCUCAUGAUGACUUAGUUUCACCACAUGUUGUGAGGGCAAAGAAGAAAGACACAGGAAAUGUAUAUGCUUUGAAGAUCAUGGAUAAAAAGUUCAUAACCAAAGAAAAUAAAAUAUCAUAUGUGAAGCUAGAACGUAUUGUACUUGAUCAGCUGGAUCAUCCUGGCAUCAUCAGGCUAUUUUUCACAUUUCAAGACAUAUUCUCUCUGUACAUGGCCCUUGAGUCUUGUGAAGGUGGAGAACUCUUUGACCAAAUAACCAGGAAAGAUCAUCUAUCAGAGGCUGAGGCUUGUUUUUAUGCCGUAGAAGUUGUCGAUGUGCUGGAAUACAUUCAUGGAGUUGGAUUAAUUCAUAAGGACAUUAAGCUAGAGAACUUGCUACUUACUGCAGAAGGUCAUAUUAAAAUUGCUAAUUUUGGUAGUGUAAAACCAAUGAAGGAUAGCCAAAUUACCAUCCUUCCAACUGCCACAAGUUAG